AUGUUGCCCUGGCUUAGAAAGAUUGGAACAGAAAUAAAGCGAUACGGUCGCAAGUUGAAGGAUGACGCAGUAUUGGGCGGUGCCAACGACCCGCAUGUCUGGUACAGAGACCUCGAGAAGCACCGCUAUGGCGAGUUAUCUUUUGCGGUAGUCCAGGGCAAUGCGAUUCUUGAGGAUCAGAGUCAGGUCGAGAGUGGCAGCGAUGCCACAUUCGUCGGUGUUUAUGAUGGCCAUGCUGGCCCUGAAGCCGCUAAUUUCAUCUAUGAAAACCUUUAUCCACAUUUUAUCAGGCUUGUUGAAGGUAGUGGAGCACUAUCUGAAGACGUUUUGAGGAGGGCCAUAGCUACUACAGAAGAUGGAUUUCUUUCGGUUGUGCGUGAGAAAUAUGAUACACGUCAGCUAUUUGCAACCAUUGGAUCUUGUUGUCUGGUUGGUGUCAUCUGGAAAGGAACACUAUAUGUUGCCAACCUGGGUGAUUCUAGAGCUGUAUUGGGUUAUUUAGAUGGAUCCAAUCAAAUUGUUGCUGAACAAUUGACUAAGGAACACAAUGUCUGUAUAGAGGAGGUUAGACAAGAACUCAUGGCCUCACAUCCAGAUGAUCCGGAGAUUGUAUUUGUGAAGAAUGGUGCGUGGCGUAUCAAAGGCAUCAUUCAGGUGUCUAGAGCUAUAGGGGAUGCAUACUUGAAAAUCCCAGAAUUCUCUAUUAGUCCAUCACACCCGCGAUUCCAUCUUCCUGAACCGCUGCGCCAACCAAUUUUAACAGCUGAACCAUCUAUAAUGUCAAGAGUUCUAGAACCCAAUGACAAUUUUCUCAUAUUUGCAUCUGAUGGGCUCUGGGAACACAUGACAAGCGAAGAGGCUGUUGAGGUCGUGCAUAAGAAUCCGCGAAGAGGCAUUGCAAGAAGACUUCUUAAAAAAGUUCUAACUGUGGCAGCUAAGAAUAGUGGUAAGAAGUAUGGUGAACUUAAGAAGAUUGAAAGGCAUGCCAGACGGGCAUUUCAUGAUGAUAUUACAGUUGUUGUCGUCUUUAUAGACAACAAUUCGAUGGGUGAAAGGGGUAAAAAUAUAUCUGUACCCGAUCUGUCAAUACGAGGGUUCAUGGACAAUGCUGGAUCUUCUUCAAAAGAGGGUGAAUCUUCAGAACAGGUUGAAUCUUCUUCAAAACAGGGUGAAUCUUCUUCAAAACAGGGUGAAUCUUCUUCAAAACAGGGUGAAUCUUCUUCAAAACAGGGUGGAUCAUCAAAACUUCAACAUUCUGCAAGGGAUUGA